AUGCGUCUUUGGAAACAUGACUUUCGGGGCAGGGCCCUGAUCAUUGCCAUCACUAUGGCCUCUUGCCAGGCCUUUCUCUUGCUGGGGUUUGACCAAGGUGUCAUGUCCGGCAUUGUGGGCGCGGAUAAUCGCUUCGCCCGUGACUUCAACAACCCCGACGCGGCGAUGCAGGGCAAUAUCACCGGUCUGUACGAUAUCGGCUGCGUGGUCGGGUCCAUCAUCUGCUACUUCAUCGGCGAGAGAAUGGGUCGACGAACCAUGCUGAUGAUGGGCGGGUUCAUCAUGAUCAUCGGCACCGUCAUCCUCGCUUCCUCCUACACAAUAGCACAGCUGCUGGUCGGCCGAAUCGUUACCGGGCUGGGUAAUGGAAUGAACUCUUCCACUGCCCCAGUCUAUCAGAGUGAAUGUUCGCCAGCAGCAUACCGUGGUACUCUGCUCACCCUGCAGGGCACUGUCACUAUCCUGGGCGUGGUGAUCGCCUACUGGAUGGACUACGGCACCAGCUUUACUGAUUCCUCCUACGAAUGGCGCCUCCCCCUCGCUUUCCAGGCCGUCUUCGCCGUAUGCCUCAUUUUGCAGGUGGUCGGUCUCCCCGAAAGUCCUCGUUGGCUGGUCCAACACGACCGACACGAUGAAGCCCGCGCUGUGGUUGCUGCCAUCGAAGAUACUACCAUCGACGAUGCAAAUGUCGUCAAGACCAUCAUGGACAUUCAAUUCGUGCUGGAGGAGGAGCAAAAGGACGGUCCGUUCCGCGUCAAGGAGCUGUUCACCUGGGGCGAGGUACAGAACCUCCGACGUCUUUUUAUCACCAUCACCAUUGAAUUAGGGCAACAAUUCACGGGAAGCAAUAUGAUAAAUUAUUAUGGUCCUGUCAUGUUCCAAGAAACCAUGAAUAUGAGUCGGAAUUUGUCGCUUAUCCUCGGCGGCGCUAUGCAAUGCACCUACCUGGUCGGCUCGGCAAUCCCGGUGUUUCUGAUGGACCGGUACGGCCGACGUACCCUGUUAAUGGUAUGCUCAGCGGGCUUGUGUCUGUGCUUUGUUAUGGUAUCGAUUUUGCUUUCAUUAGACCGUGAGGACUGUGCCUACGGAGCCACCGUCUUCAUCUUCAUCUUCCAGAUCUUCUACGGCGUCGGCUGGCUACCCGUCCCGUGGUUCUACCCAGCCGAGCUGAACACGACGCGAGUACGGACGCGAAUGCAGGCCAUUGCGUCCGGAUGGAACUGGAUGGCCGUGUUUGCCGUGGUGAAGAUCACUCCGAUUGCAUUUGACAACAUCGGCUGGCGCACCUUUGUCAUCUUCGCGGUGUUGAACGCCGUCUUCAUCCCCAUGGUGUACUUCUUCUACCCGGAGACCAAGGGUCUCGAGCUCGAGGAUAUCCCCUUGCUUUUCCACAAGGGUGGAAUCACCGGAGGUGUGUUUACCUCGAAGGGUGGACGUACUGUUACACCGGGGCAGCAUGCGCUGGAAGCUCGCGUUGACCAGAAGGUCGAGGGCACGGUGCAGCAAGUAGAGCAUGCAUAG